AUGGGGGGAUCCCUGUCUGUGACAUCUGUCUGUGAUGAGGAGCAGCUCAGACGCCCCCUUCUGUGCCGUCCGCCGUGUCCGACGGCUGUGUUUGUGCAUUUGCUUGCAGAACCUGCCUUCGGGGAAGUGAACCAGCUCGGGGGGGUGUUUGUCAACGGGAGACCCCUGCCCAAUGCCAUCAGGCUGCGGAUUGUGGAACUGGCGCAAUUAGGUAUCAGGCCGUGUGACAUCAGCCGGCAGCUCCGCGUUUCUCACGGCUGUGUCAGCAAAAUCCUGGCUCGCUACAACGAGACCGGCUCCAUCCUACCGGGGGCUAUCGGCGGCAGCAAGCCUCGGGUCACCACUCCUACGGUGGUUAAACAUAUCCGGACCUACAAACAAAGGGAUCCGGGCAUCUUCGCCUGGGAGAUCCGGGAUCGCCUGCUGGCCGAUGGCGUGUGUGACAAGUACAACGUGCCGUCGGUCAGCUCCAUCAGCCGCAUCCUCCGGAACAAAAUUGGGAACCUGUCUCAGCAGAGUCACUACGAGUCUUACAAGCAGCACCAGCCGCCCCCACAGCCCGCUCUGCCCUACAACCACAUCUACCCCUAUCCCAGCCCCAUCGCUGCUGCAGGAGCCAAGGUGUCCACCCCUCCAGGGGUGCCGGCAAUCCCCAGCACCAUGGCCAUGCCCAGGACGUGGCCGUCCUCUCACUCGGUGACGGACAUCCUGGGGAUCCGGUCCAUCACAGACCAAGCAGUGAAUGACACUUCGCCUUACCCCAGCCCUAAGGUGGAGGAAUGGAGCAGCUUGGGCCGAAACAGCUUCCACCCGUCGGCCCAGCAUGCCGUGAACGGGAUGGAGAAGAGCUCCCUUGAGCAGGAGGCCAAGUACAGCCAGACACCCAAUGGCCUCCCAGCCGUCAGCAGCUUCGUGUCCGCACCAGCCAUGCCUCCCUACGCCACGCCAGCCCAAGUGUCACCUUACAUGACGUACAGCGCCGCUCCAUCCGGCUACAUGGCGAGCCACGGCUGGCAGCACGCCGGGGGCACCCCGCUGUCCCCUCACAGCUGUGACAUCCCCGCCUCGCUGGCAUUCAAGGGCAUGCAGACAGCCAGGGAGGGCAGCCACUCCGUCACGGCCUCCGCGCUCUGA